AUGGGCGCCAAGCUAGUAGAAUCCCCAAACUCCCUGGCUUCCCAAUCCGACGUCAUCUUCUCCAUCGUCGGUUACCCUUCAGAUGUCCGGCACGUCAUCCUCGAUCCAAACUCCGGCGCUCUGUCCGGGAGGCACCCUCGUCGGCAUGACUACCUCCAAGCCUUCUCUAGCCGAGGACAUAUCCAAAGCCAGUUAAUCCCUCAACUGCUUCUUGAUCAGUUAUCCUAUACAGGGAAAAAUAAACAUUUACAUUAA